CCGCCCACGAAACUCUGGGACCUCUCGCGCUCUCCAGUCGGCUAGUUCUCGGCUGCUCCAUUGCGCCAUGGCGUUCGUCACCAGGCAAUUCGUGCGCUCCAUGUCCUCCUCCGCGUCGGCCGCCGCCAAGAAGAUCCUGAUCAAGCAUGUGACAGUCAUCGGCGGCGGGCUGAUGGGCGCGGGCAUCGCGCAGGUGGCUGCAGCAACUGGGCAUACGGUAGUAUUGGUGGACCAAACAGAGGACAUUCUGGCAAAAUCCAAGAAAGGGAUUGAGGACAGCCUAAGGAGAAUGGCAAAGAAGAAGUUUGCAGAAAACCCUCAGGGUGGUGAGGAGUUUGUGGCGAAGACCCUGAGCUGCCUCUCGACCAGCACGGAUGCAGCCUCUGUAGUGCACAGCACAGACCUGGUGGUGGAGGCCAUCGUGGAGAACCUCAAGUUGAAGAAUGAGCUUUUCCAGAGACUGGACAAGUUCGCUGCAGAACAUACAAUCUUUGCCAGCAACACCUCUUCCUUGCAGAUCACAAGCAUAGCCAAUGCCACCACCAGACAAGACCGGUUUGCUGGCCUCCAUUUUUUCAACCCGGUCCCCAUGAUGAAGCUUGUGGAGGUCAUUAAAACACCGAUGACCAGCCAGAAGACAUUUGAAUCUCUGGUCGACUUUUGUAAAACCUUAGGAAAGCAUCCUGUUUCUUGCAAGGACACCCCUGGAUUUAUCGUGAACCGUCUCUUGGUGCCGUACCUCAUAGAGGCCAUCAGGCUACACGAGCGAGGUGAUGCAUCUAAGGAGGACAUCGACACGGCAAUGAAGCUGGGAGCUGGGUACCCCAUGGGCCCAUUUGAGCUUCUUGACUAUGUUGGGCUGGAUACCACAAAGUUCAUCUUGGAUGGGUGGCAUGAAAUGGAUCCGGAGAACCCCCUAUUUCAGCCCAGCCCUUCCAUGAAUAAUCUGGUGGCCCAGAAGAAGCUGGGCAAGAAGACCGGAGAAGGGUUUUACAAAUACAAGUGAUACUUCUGGAGUCCCUCGGCAGCCUGUCCAGCCAGCCACAGGAGAAGGACGAGCGCGCUCCAGGGCAGUGGUUUCGACACUUGCCAUGGGCCACUUGGUGGGCCCUCCUUUGCAGACUCUCUGAAGUAAUCGUUUGACUAGUUGCAGUAAUGAGAUUCCUCCACUGAGAUGUAAUUCUCUGGUUUAGUCUGUUCUCUUCUGUGUAUUUUUUUCCUAAAAAGCUUUAUACGUUGGUGCCUUGGAGCAAACAUCUUUUUUCUGAACCUUGCCAUUUUUGUAAAAGCAUUGCUUAGACUCAUUCACUCAUGCCUUCUGAAAAUGAGGAUGCUGGAGCCAUUGUGCCUACAGAUACAUCGAAGGGCAGCGGCCCAGUGGCAUCCUGAGGCCUUGCCUGCCUGGGAACAUUGCAGCCUUGAGCCUCAGCCUACACUCUGGGCAUGACAGGAAAUGUUCUGUUUGUGUUUAUUCCUCACCAGGUCAGGACUUCUAGAGUGGUGGGCAAGUACCUAUGAGCUUGGUUUUGGGGGGAAAAGGCCCAUCUCUGUGGCCAUUCAAAUCUUAACCAUCACUGUCCAUCUCUCUUGUUUUUUCAUGAAAAAAAAUCAGUGCUAUGAAGUGCCUAUGAAUUGACUCUACCAAAAUGCAAUCUUUUAAUCUGUAAAAAUUGGAAUGGGAAUAAAUAAACUUAUACAACUUAAAAUCAUAA